AUGGCUGGCUCUAGGGAGAGGUUGCUCUACGACCGGCCAGAUUAUGAACAUGACUACGACAGACGACGCUACGAAGCGGAGCGCGCCGAUACGAAGUACUACGCGGGCCCCUACGAAUCGCGACGCUACGCUCCCCAACGUACGGAAGUGAUAAGAAACGAACGUUACAGGGAGCGAUUUGAGCGCUACGAUCGGCCGCGGCGUAGAAACGGCUUCGUCUACGAGGAUAUCUAUUCGGAUUUUGAGGAGGCGCAGGGACGUCUGUCGCUGUUCAGACCCAUUAGGCCCGAGUAUUUAAAUCUACCGACUGCGUACGAGCCAAAGUACAGCACGCUACCGCGCAAUUACACUUACUACAACGACAGAGCGCGUAGAUACAAGAAGGACUACUACGAUUUUCGAAUUGGAGAGAGGCGUCGCUCUAGAGAACUGUACGAGCCGUACAAAACAGAUUCCAGGCGGAAAAUUGACUUUCACCAGAAGCCAGAAUACGAUAGGAAGUCGGAUUAUGGCCGGAAGCACGAAUACGACUGGAAGUCUGACUCCAACCCGAAGCUGGAAGUGUACGCGGGGCGUCCGAAGCCAGUCAUACAGCUAAACAAGACCGAGGGGCUGGCGGGGGGCACGCCGAAGAACGUAGCGAUCUGCAAACCGCUGCGUCUGUCUGAGAAGAACGCGCGCUACUGGACCACCGACCCGCCGGGGGCACCGAAGGCGAAACCGAAGAGGGACGAGCCGAAGAAGAACGUGAAGUUCUCCGAGGUGUCGGGCUGCAACCGGAAGAUGGUCGUCGACGACCCGGUGUGCGGCCGGAAGCUGGUGGCGGUGAGGGAGCUGGAGGUGUCCCUGGACCAAAUGAUACAGAACGGCUAUUUCGAGAAGCACAACAUCCCGAUACUGAGGCCCGAGCAGCCGAAGCGGGAAACCCCCGCGCAGGGAACGAACGGCAAAUGUUCGACGGGCGGGACGCAGACGCCGCGGAGGUACAAGCAUCUGCCGCAGGUGCUGGCAGCCCUCGCGGUGUCGCUGGCACCAUUCUCGGCUGGUCUCGGCAAGGGCUACAGCUCCCCCGCCAUCGCGUCGCUCCAGGGUCCGGCUGCGAACUCCACCCGCCGUGACUUCCAGCUCACCGACCAGCAGGCGUCUUGGCUGGCCUCCCUAUCAUUCCUGGGCGCCCUUUUCGGGGGGAUGGCGGGGGGCGCGGCGAUGCGGCACGGGCGGAGACGGGUGCUCUCGCUAGCUGCAGCGCCCUGCAGCCUCUCUUGGCUGCUGACGGUCGUCGCCACGUCUGUUCGCAUGAUGUGCGUCACCGCGUUCCUCGGUGGGUUCUGCUGCUCCAUACUGACAAUGCUCUCGCAGGUGUACAUCAGCGAGAUAUCCGUCCCGGACAUCCGCGGCUGCCUCAGCGCCGUGCUCAAGAUCGUCGGCCACCUCGGGGUCCUGUUCAGCUUCACCAUCGGCGCGUACCUCGACUGGCAGCAGCUCGCGCUGUUCAUAUCCGCAGCGCCCCUGCUCCUCUUCUGUACCGUCCUCUACAUACCGGAGACGCCGAGCUACCUGGUCCUCAUCGGAAAGGACGAGGAGGCGUACAAGAGCCUGCUAUGGCUUCGAGGCACCAACUCUGACGUCGCCCAGGAGCUCGCCACGAUACGCACCAACGUGCUCGCCUCGAAGAGCUUCAGCCAGCGCCAGAACCAGAUGUCCGGUAGCCAGCUGAUCAGCUCCCUGGACGUGAGGACGAUGAACCGGCUAUUGGGGCCGAUACUGGUGACCUGCGGGCUGAUGACCUUCCAGAGGUUCUCCGGUGCGCACGCGUUCUCGUUCUACGCGGUGCCGAUAUUUAGAAAGACCUUCGGCGGCAUGAACCCGCACGGCGCCGCUAUCGCCGUCUCUUUCGUGCAGCUGCUUGCGUCCUGUCUGUCUGGACUGUUGAUAGACACCGUGGGCAGGCUGCCCCUUCUGAUAGUCAGCUCGGUCCUCAUGUCGAUGGCGCUCGCCGGCUUCGGCAGCUACGCGUACUACGAGGAGGUACACAGGAACCAGAGGAUACAGAGCGUAAUGUUCCAUCAAACUGCCGGCCAGAAUGACUGGAUCCCGCUGCUCUGUGUUUUAGUGUUCACAAUAGCGUUCUCUUUAGGCAUGAGCCCGAUAUCCUGGCUGCUGAUAGGCGAGCUGUUCCCCCUGGAGUAUAGGGCGUUCGGUAGCGCGAUGGCGACUGCUUUCAGCUACCUGUGCGCCUUCGUAGGCGUGAAGACCUUCGUGGACUUCCAGCAGACGCUGGGCCUGCACGGCGCGUUCUGGCUGUACGCCUCUAUAAGCGUGGGCGGCCUGUGCUUCGUCGUCUGCUGCGUGCCCGAGACCAAGGGCAGAGACCUCGACGAGAUGGACCCCAACUACGUCCAGAGCCUGUCGCCCAAGAGG